AUGCUUUUCAAAACAAUCUGUCUUUUGGCCCUUGCUACACCUUUACUGGCAUUCAGCGUCAUCUACACCGACUGCCAAGGUGAAUCACUUCUAUCAUAUUGUCAAACCACCUUGGAAACAGGAUUCUCGUCUACAGAAAACAACAAAUUCCAUCAUGCGAGUGGGGCCCAUGAAUAUUAUACUGUCGGACUUUGUAAAAUCACCUUUUGGACUUCAGGGCCUCGUUUGCAAUUUGAUGAUACCUUGGGCUUCACACGCGCUCUAACUCAAAUCGACCGAACAUGUCGAGACAAAAAAUCAAAGUCUGAUAAUGGAAAUCUAUUCUCCGGAGUCUUUGUAGGAUACCUUGAUCCUUACCCACAGACACCUGUUGUGAUCCAAGUCAAUGGAUCUUAA